AAGAAGUUAAGUGACAGAUAAACACUGUCAGGGCCUCAAGGUGAGCUCACGGACUGUUAUUAUCUUAGUCCUGGUUUUCGACUGACGACCACUUAUGUCAACACAUUCCCCCGGAGAGGUGUUCUGCAGGUAUUCUCCUUCCACAAUGUUAACUGGAGAGAAGGAGAGAUACUCAGAUUAAGUUGUGAAAAGGGUUCUGUAAAGUUCAUUGCACACUUCAUCGUGAAAUGGCUUUUGGAUGAACACCGAAACAGCUGCAUCUGGCGUUCAGCAAGGUAGACCCUCCAUCGUCUCAUGAGAUCACAAGAGCCGCCGUUUGGAUUCGAUUGAAAAUCUAGAUUCACGUGAUGGAGGACGGUAAAACAAAGAGCAAUGGCAACACAAAGGAUGUCAGACUUCACGUGGACGAGAAACCAAACGGUCGCGAAGAAGGUCGGUACUACAUACCAGCUCGUUAUAUACUCACCUUCAUGUCCUUCCUCGGCUUCUUCAACGUGUACUGUCUGCGGGCCAACCUGAGCGUUGCCAUAGUUUCCAUGGUCAAUUCUACCACAAAGGAGAAUGCUAGUGUUACUGAGGAGUGUCCAGAACCGACGAAAGCAAACAACACCAACUCGACCUCAACUACCUCAACAGGAGAGUUCGACUGGGACGAGAAGACUCAAGGGCUGAUACUCGGAGCCUUCUUCUACGGGUACAUCGUGACGCAGAUUCCGGGUGGCUGGCUGGCCGGGAGAUUCGGAGGUAAACGACUGUUUGCGUACGGCCUUCUGUGCACCUCCGUGUUAACCUUGGUGACCCCAUUGGCUGCUCGCGCUGGUGUUGGUGUCGUGGUGGCCGUGCGCGUGCUGGAGGGCAUCGGGGAGGCUGUGACCUUUCCUGCCAUGCACUCCAUGUGGGGAGUGUGGUCGCCGGUCUAUGAACGCAGCAAAGCAGUUGCUUUCAGCCACGGAGGUUCGCAUCUGGGCACGGUGUUCGCCUUAUCGAUUUCUGGCAUUUUAUGUCAAAACGGAUUUGCUGGUGGAUGGCCUUCCGUCUUCUACGUGUUUGGUGCCCUGGGCUGUCUGUGGUUUGUAGGAUGGAUGCUUUUGGUCAGCGAGACACCAGCCACACAUCCCCGCAUCUCGGAUAAAGAGCGGCGCUACAUUGAAAGCAACCUGGGCGCCAAGGCGGAAAGUGUUAACAUUCCAUGGAAGAGCAUCUUAACCUGCAAGGCUUUAUGGGGCACAGCAGCCGGGCACUUCGCGUUCAACUGGGGCUCCUACAGCAUGCUGACCUGUCUGCCCACCUACUUGAAGAAGAUCCUUCAUUACGACGUUAAGGAAGAAGGUUUCUUGUCGGCCGUGCCAUACCUGAUGCUGUGGGUGACUAUGAUCAUUGCUGGAUACUUAGCCGACUAUCUUCGCGGUAAUGGCUACCUGACUACAGUGGCCACCCGUAAGAUCUUCUUCUCUUUAGGUGCAGUGCUUCCCACGGGUCUGUUGAUUGGCACGUGCUUCGUAGGGUGUAACCACACGCUGGCCGUCAUCCUGCUCACGCUGUCUGUGGGAUUUUCGGGAUUCAGUACUGCAGGCUACAUCCCUAACCAUCUUGACAUAGCCCCACGAUUUGCAGGUAUUCUGUAUGGGAUCACCAAUGCUGUCGCUACCAUACCUGGGUUUCUUGGUCCCCAAAUUGUCGGGGUUCUGACAAACAAUAAUCAAACCUCGGGGCAGUGGCACAUCUUCUUCUUCCUGACGGCGGCUGUCUAUGCUGCCGGCGCCCUGCUCUUCUGUCUGUUCGUUGAAGGGGAGGAGCAGAAGUGGGCACGUGCCCCACCCAGCGCCGCCUCUGCUGCCACGCAAGAGAAGGAAGUGGAAUUAGAUGAGAAGAUAAUGAAGUCAGAAGAAAAGACAGUGAAGUCACACGAGAAGAGCACUCGUCUGUAGGUGAAUUGUCUCGAACCUUCUCCGCCAUUCAGAGGACAAUUCCGUCAGAAACAGUACAAAAUACAACAAAAACAAGCCGUCGCUCAGUUUGCAGCAAGUCAACGGAUUCUUUAUAGAAGAACAUCUCAAUAUCACUGUUGAGUUACUGGUGGUGGCAUUAAAGUAGAAAACAAACAUACAUUUAAUAUACCUAGAUGUAGUUUAAUGCAUGCUGCGUCCAUAUAUAUUUAUAUAUGCAUACAAUAUUGGAUAGAACACUACAAUAAUAAUUAUCAGUAUUUACAAUUUGAUUCCGUUGCCGUAGUUUCUGAAGGACCGGUAAGUGGGUCGAGACCAGACCUUACGAAGUAAUGGGGAACACAGUAGAACAAGUUUCUUAGUCUGUAGUACAGAAUCGUUCUUUAUAUUUCUUUCUAGCCUGUGAUUUCAUGUACCAAAGGCUCACGCACAUUUCCUGUAGUAGUGAGUAGAGAAAAACUGAGUUUAUAGCAAAAUACCAGAUGCAGUUUCUCUCAGAGAUGGAGUAGAGAAUGUGAUAGUACAAAAGGAAGUCAAGAAUCCAGAUCCACGUUGGCUGAGAAAGACCGAACUCUGAGAGUUUAUCCAAGAGUUUCCGCGGAAUGAUGGUGUUGAAGGCGGAGCUGUAGUCUUCAAACAGAAGGCAAGCAUAUGAGCCAUGAGAUUCAAAGUGCUGGAGGAUAAAGUGAAGAGCUAAAGAGACAGCAUCAUACAACGAUCGAUUGUACCGAUAACCUCUAAUCAAGGCAUAUUAAAUGUAAUAAUUCAUUAAAUGUCAUAUAUAGGUAGAAUCUCGAAUGUUUCGUUAUGACGUUUUUUUUCUUAGGUCCUGGCAGACAGUUCACAAACAGUAUCUUGGUAUCUGAUAGGGGGUGGGUGGGUGUGAGGCUGGUGGGCGUUGUCAAAGUCCCUGACUAGUCGUUCGAAUAGUGCCCGAAGUGAGAUGCAUUAGGGAGGCAGUUUGUACUUGACCCAUCCAGCCCAUCCUGCGAGGGUCAUAAUCGAGAUCGAACCUGGACAUGGAUCGUCUCUGACCUGUUUAGUUCCCACGGUACGACACGUGCCCGCCACAGUGCAGGAUCUGCAUGCGCCACACUCUAGUCGCAUUUUCCUUUGCAUGUAACGGAUUUCUGAAUCAGCUGAUGAAACAACAAUCACCCCUUUAUAUCAAGGUUAUCUGAUGUGGCCUGGACUUGCCACUGAAUCAUUGAAGGAUUAGAUAUGACUAAUAUAGGAUAGUGCUACAGAGGUUAUGAUUGAGUUACUACCUUUAGUUGGCGCUGUCGAAUGCGGAAUAUUUAAACUCAAGAAUGAUAUUUAAAAUUUCCGUUCAAGAAUCGGUUAAAAGUAAUAUAGAGUAGAAAUGUAUAGCUUGAAAGGUCUAUUUCAGUAGCAUUUGGAGGAUUUCAUUUCGACAACUUUCAAAUUUGUGAGGUGUUGAUAAG